AUGGCGCAAAAUAGCGCCAUCCUCGGGCAAUUUCUAUAUAUUGUUUCUUGUCUGUUAACCUUCGUUAAGCUCUGCGCUUUAUGUGAUGAAGGCAAUUUCCUCUACAAUGAUGAAGCAGCCACAGCAUCUGCAUAUAUAAAUUUAUUUAGCCUUUAUUGGUUCCUACAGUUCUUGGAGCAAGGCCUCGUGCUUUUAUAUGCUUCUGCAGUCGCUCAAGACGGAAGAAAUCUGUAA